AUGACCAAACAGCGGGGCAAGGGCCAGCCAAAGACGACGACGACGACGACGAGCGCGAAGGACGACCCGCCGGCGAACACUCGGGUGGUGCCAUCGAUCAACCUGCGGACGAAGUACUACUCGGUGGUCCCGCUCCAUCUGCUCUUCAUCCACUUCACCGUCUACUAUCUGCCUGGCAAGAUCCUCAGCAGCCCCGAGGAUGGCCAUCCGGCAGCAGCAGGAGGAAUCGGGCCGAGCGUCCAGCAUCUCGUCCGCCACCCGAUCCGCUCUCUGGCCCUCAUCAACCUCGGCACGCUGCUCGUCCAGCUCUGGUUCACCAACUUCCUCCGCUCCUGGAGGAACUCGCUCGUCGGUCCUGCCGAUCCCUCGGCCUCUUCGGAGAAACGCCGGCCGCUGCCCGAGAAACGUGUGCUGGCCAGCCAGCUCAAGAGGCUCUUCCUCAGCCUCAUCUCUGCCCCUCCCUCCGAGUUCCCCAAACGACUGGCCAAGGAACUCGACCCCAAGCUACGCGCGCUGAUCAGCCGGGCUACCUUGCUUCUCAAAGAAGCCCUUCUCAUCAACACCGUGAUCUUGCUCGCUCUUACCGCCCUACUCGUCCUCCUCGGCGCAUCCACAUCCUCGUUGUCCCAGCUGCUCAAGAACCUCGGACUGGCCUGCUUCCUGGGGCUGCUCGCCUUCUUCCCCGCCUCACUCUUACUCGGAUGGAACCAGGCCAGAGAGAAGCCCAACUGGAUCCGCAUCUUCUCCACCUUCCAACCAAAGAACGAGGUCGAGGUCGCCCUCCUCUUCCCCGCUUUUGGCGCCUGUAUUGGUACCUGGCUUGGUGCCAUCCCGAUCCCACUAGACUGGGACCGUCCCUGGCAGGCUUGGCCAAUCACCUGUCUCGUUGGUGCUUCUGUGGGCCACGCCAUCGGAUCCGUCGCCUCCGUCAUCCACUCCGCUCUCUAUUCAUCCCCUUGA